AUGACAAAAAGCGAUGCAGUUUCAAUCAGUCUCGGCCCUGCAAAAAUACUCUCCAAUUCACUUCUUCAGAGCGAUCUCGGCAAUUUUUUUGCCCACAAAUACAAAUCUCGAUCUUUCUUUCUUUCUUUCUCCUUUCUCCUCAGCAACACAACCUUUCCACCUAAUCAGAUGAAAGCGCAACCUCGAUUCUACUCAUCCGACACCAUGAACGAAAACACCAAGACCCUCUUGCUGAGAGAGGCGAAAGCGGCCUGGGAAACUAGGUACCAGCGGCAGUCGUACAGCGCGCGCUGGACGGCUUCGGACGAUAGGAAAGAGCCUAAAAGGCAGAGAGUACCGGGCGAAAAGCCCGUUAAGGAACCUGUCUUUAUGAUGGGUAGAAAGUGGAUGUUGGUGUCUGCGGAGGGAACACGGGAGAUAGUUACCGUGGAGAAGAUGCCGGAGAAGGCGUUGGAGGAAUGGCCGGUUGCGUCCGAGAAGGACGACUACAACCGAGAAGAGUUUUGCGAAGCCUUUCGUCGGAAAUACGAAGGCGUGCGCAGCGAGGAUAUCGAUUUCUUCGUCCGGACGUUCAAAGUUUCGCUCAUGACAGCGGAUCCGAUGAACCCAACCCUCGGGAAGGAGAAGGCGAAGGAGCAGGCCACAGCUCCGAUGAACCCAAUCCUUCUCGAGGGGAAGGAGAAGGAUCCGGCUCCCUCUCCCUUAGCACCCUCCACCUCAGCACCCUCCUCGACCCCUCACGCCAAGAAGAGAAAGGGCAGCGGCGAAGACCCACGCCCCAAAAAGCAAACAAAGAAGGACAAGAAGGAAAAGCGAGCACGAAAACCCAAGCAAGCACCGGAGCCAGCACCCGAGCCAGCACCGGAGCUAGCACCCGAGCCAGAGCUCGAGCCAGAAGAGGACCACCUAGAGCCGCCGCCGGAUUCCGUGGGUGCAGAUACGCGGGUUAUCACGCCCUGGAUCAAGACAGAGAGUAAGCUUGGAGGGGUCGUGUGGGAGAGGACUCUCGAGUUCACACGCAGUGAUGGCACGACGUAUGUCGUAGUUGACCACGAUCAUAAGGACGAAUCUACCAGGCACUUGCCAAACUACCACGGCUCGCGAAAAUGGCCAAAAUACAAUCAAGAUGGAAAGACACACGGGGGACGACGAUGA